AUGGCGACUUCACCUUGCUUCUUCUCCUUCCACACGCCUUCCACUACGAGACGAAACUCUCUCAUUAUAGUCUCUUCAAAAAAUGCUCAUAGAAAAAACCAUCUGCGACCUAAAAUUCUCAAAAUCCUAAACAAACCCUCUCUACCUAUCCCUUCUAUUCUUCCACAACCACCGACACCACAGCCCAUUCUCUCUCCUCCUCAAGAAUAUGAACUCAGUGUCGAUGUUCCCGCCGAUGAAAUUUACGGCGAAGAUGUCGCCGCCGCCGUUGAAGAGACGGUUGAAUUGGAAGAAUUACGCGUGUCUGUGGAUUCAGCCAAAGACAGUGGUGUUUCUGGCUACUUAUCUGGUAAGAAUAUCUUCAAGUACGGUGGUAUGUAUUUGAUUGGGGCUUUUGUGUUUCAAACGGUUAUUUACUUUUGGAAAUUGGGAUAUCAGCGUUCUAAAUUGACUGAUUUUGAGGUAACUGAAAAGGAAAAGAGGAAUGGGAAAGUUGUGGAGGAUCAAAAUGUGGAAAAGAAAAUAGAGGAAAUUAAGUUAAUGGCUAGAAAAGCUAGGAGAAUUGAGUUAGAGAAGAAAGGGAAAGGGAAAGAGGAAGAGGAUGAGGAUGGGGAUAGUGAAAUUGAGGAUGAAAGUGGUGUUUCAAGUGGUAGACUUGGUAUUGAGAAAGAGGUUGUUGAACGCUUAUUGAAGCUGAAGAAUAAGAUAAAUAGUAACAAGGAUAGUUCAACGGCAUUGCGAUUGAAUGGUAGUGGAAAUUCUGUUAGGGGUGGUGGUAUGAAUGUGGAUAAGGCGAAAGAGAGGUUUGUCUUUAAGAAAAAAUCUAAAUUGAAAAGCCCUUCAGCUAAGGAUGUGAAAACUCCCAAAGGUUUUUCAGGGACACGAGAUCAUAGAGUAUCGAGUGUAAAACCUCAAGAUGAUGGAAGUCAGGCCAUUGAUCACGCGGGAGUGGUAGAUGGAGAUAAGCAAGUGAAUCAACAAGAUGUUAUGCACAAAAAUGCUUUCGGUGUUCCAUUGGAAGAAAGAGGGAAAUCUGUCAAAGACAAGUCCAGGGAAAUUGAAAAUGAUGGGAAGAAUGUGGAAGAAAAGAUGGAAACACCAAAUAUUAAAAGCCCUUCAACUAAGGCUGCAAAAACUCCCAAGGGAUUUUCAAGGACACAAGGUGGUAGAGUAUCGAGUGUAAAACCUCAGGAUUAUGGAGGCCGGGCUAUUGAUCAUGCAGAAAAAUUAGAUGGGGAUAAGCGACUGAAUCAACAAAAUGUGACACACAAAAAUGCUUCGGGUACUCCAUUGGGAGAAAAAGGAAAAUCUGUUGAUGACAGGUCCAGGGAAAUUGAAAAUGAUGGGAAGAAUGUGGAAGAAAAGAAGGAAAUGCCCAAUAUGAAAACAAAGGAUGGGUUUAAGGCCAAAAGUAUAAACAAUGGUGGUUUCCCGAAGAAUAGUGUUGAGAUGUCAUCACCUGAAGUAAGAGAAUUGAGGACACAAAACUCCCAGGGUUUUGUAAAGGAUAAUGUGCAUCGUAUAAAUGGCAGUUCAGGACAUGGAUUUGCUAUGAAAAAUUCAGCACAUAAACAACCAAAUACUAGGACCGAUAUGUGGUGGCUGAAACUACGUUAUGUUCUAGUAAUUCUCAUGCAAAGAGACUCCAACACAGAAAGUCCCAAAGCUCUCUAUCGCUUAAACUUUACCUCUAAGCAACGGGAGCAGGGUAAUGAUUUCUAUACUGUUGCUUUUGAGGAUCGAGCAGAUGCUAACAACUUCUGUUUUAUACUGGAAUCCUUUUUUGAAGAUUUGGGCGACGGUUUUAGUGCCAAUGUAUUUCCCAUGUCAAUACAAGAACUGAAUGAAGAAAUAAUAUCACCAGGUGAGAAAGUAGUAGUUGUAAAAAAGAGGCAGCUUCAACUCUAUGCAGGGCAACUACUUACUGAUGUUGAGAUGGCAUUGUGCUCAAUAAUAGAACAAGAUCAAAAUGUACCAUAA